AUCCAUCUCUGGACCGACUCGCUUUCUUUCCUCCCUCUUUACCGGAACAAGGGAAACAAGAGGCAGGAUGGCCAAAGUCUCGCAGCCAGAGCUCAAGCGGUUUCUCGACAAGCGCGUCAGCGUCAACAUCCAGGGUGGGCGGCGCGUGCAGGGGACUCUGCGCGGCUUCGACAUGUUUCUCAACCUUGUCGUUGAUGAGGCGCAGGAGAUGAUCAGACCGCCCGGCGGCGGCGGCGCAGGGGGUAUUGGUGGUGUCUGGAGCGAGGGGCCGCGGUGCGGGACUGUGGUCGUGAGGGGCAACAGCGUCACAUCGCUCGAGGGCCUCGAGAACAUCAACACAAAGAUUGGAUGAUCACAUGGGCCAAAAUCCACAAACAGCAUCACGAUCCUCCUCUUCCUGUAGAGGGGAUGGGCCUUCAAAAAGGGAUUUCUUUUGUACGAUAGCAUUGAUGACAACAAUCCACAUCAAGAUGAGGGAGCUUUACUCCUCAGUGCCUUUU